CGACGACACCGCGCCCACGGCCAGCCCAGCCACGCCCCACCACCACCCACACACCAUGUCGUACGCGCCGCAGCAACCGCAGGGAUACUACAACGGCCAGCCGCCGUACACGCCCCAGACGGGCUUUGCGCCGCCCCCGCAAGGGCAGUACCCAUACAACCCGGGCAUGCAGCCCCAGCCGCAGGUCGUCGUCAUCCAGCAGGAGCAGCAGCGCCCGUCGGCGGCGUCGCAGGCAGGCUGUCUCGGCCUGGGCAUGGGCCUGUGCUGCUGCCUCGAGUGCUGCGCCUCGACCGUGGCAUGAUGAUGGUGUUGAUAGAGC